CAAAUUUUCUUCGCCUUAAAUGCUGUCACACGCUGAAGCUAGAUAGAUAUUCCGCGAUUUUCCGGACCGCUUUUCUUGCGUUCCCUGCGUUUUUGCUCACUCACUUGCGUGCGUAUGUUUUGUGUGCCUUUGGCGUGUGCUCUUCACUUACCUCAUCCUUCAAACCGAUAACCGGUAAAAAGAGAAAGUGGCCCCGUCAAUUGCCCACCCCCGGUGUGCCGUGUAGUUCUGUAACCGUGAUACCCGCGUUGUGAUUCCGUGAUCCGGUUGUGUCCUCGACAGGCGCGAGCGUUCCUUUGUCGCAGUGUCCUUCGCGAAUGUACGGCUACCUGCCUAUGCGCGCCUGAGCGUGUGUGUGUGUGUGUUUGCCACACUGCGGCAACGCAAGGAUUGCCGGGUCGGAUAACAGAAUCCGUGAAGGUGCAUCUCAGCUGUGCUCAAACAACUUGUCCCCAAUUGCAACAGUCAAACGUAGCUCUUCGUCACCAGUUGGCAACGAAAUCCGCCACAAGAAAGAAACAAGACAAAGUUCCAUUCAAGCAAAAGCUACCAAUCAACUGGAGAAACGAUCUAAACGGAUAUUGCUCAAGAAAACGAAGAAAGCAAGAAAAGAAUAGUGAAAAAUGUAUUAUCCAAUAUCGGAGCUACCGUCACCGCAAACCUUCCCCACCAGCAGUAUGGUGCCGGGUGAUGGUCAUGUAAAAAAAUACUACCGGAAGGCCGAACACAGAAUCUUCGUCAAUCGAUCGAUGCACCUGGAGAAUAUAAAGUUCUAUGGCUUCGAUAUGGACUACACGAUUGCGGAGUACAAGUCACCGCAGUACGAACAGCUCGGUUUCGAUCUGGUGAAGGAGCGGCUGGUAAAUCUUGGAUAUCCCGCAGAAAUUCGUCAGUUCGAAUACGACCCAUCGUUUCCGGUGCGUGGUCUCUGGUUCGAUUCGCUCUACGGCAAUCUGCUCAAGGUGGAUGCGUACGGCAACAUUCUCGUCUGCGUGCAUGGUUUCGAGUUCCUCAAGCACCACCAGGUGUACGAGCUGUACCCGAACAAGUUCCUGCAGCUGGACGAAAGCCGCGUGUACGUGCUGAACACGCUGUUCAACUUGCCCGAGACGUAUUUGCUCGCGUGUCUGGUGGACUUCUUCACACAUUCGCCACAGUACGCGGAACAGGUCGACCGUACCGGUGUCAAAUAUGGUGAGCUGUUCAUGUCGUUCAAGUCAAUCUUCCAGGAUGUGCGCGGUGCCGUCGACUGGGUGCAUAUCUACGGCGAUCUGAAGAAAAAAACACUGGAGAACCUCGACGAGUACGUGAAGAAGGAUGAGCGGCUACCGAUGGUACUGUCCCGCAUCCGUGAGUCCGGUGCAAAGCUCUUCCUGCUGACGAACAGUGACUACACAUUUACCGAUCGCAUCAUGACGUUCCUGUUCGACUUCCCGCACGGUGGCAAACCGGAUGAGCCGCAUCGCGAUUGGAAGACCUACUUCGACACGAUCGUGGUGGACGCACGCAAACCGUUGUUCUUUGGCGAGGGUACCAUACUGCGCCAGGUGGACACCAGUACCGGUGCGCUGAAGGUCGGCACACAUAUGGGUCCGCUCCAGGCGGAACAGGUGUACUCCGGUGGGUCGUGCGAUGUCUUUACCAAGCUGAUCGGUGCAAAGGGCAAGGAUGUGCUGUACAUUGGCGAUCACAUCUUCGGCGAUAUACUGAAGAGCAAAAAGAUUCGUGGCUGGCGCACGUUCCUGAUCGUGCCGGAGCUGGUACAGGAGCUGCACGUGUGGACGGACAAGUGUCAGCUGUUUGCGCAGCUACAGCAGCUAGAUGUGCGGCUUGGCGAUCUGUACAAGAACCUCGACUCGAGCGCGAAGGAAAAACCGGACAUCCGGUCGGUACGUACCGCGAUCCGGGACGUGACGCACAAGAUGGAUCUGGCGUACGGUAUGAUGGGUUCGCUGUUCCGUUCCGGCUCCCGGCAGACGUUCUUUGCCGGGCAGGUCGUACGGUACGCGGACCUGUACGCUGCCACCAUCCUUAACCUGAUGUACUACCCGUUCUCGUACAUGUUCCGUGCGCCGGCAAUGUUGCUACCGCAUGAGUCGACCGUUGCGCACGAACAACGCUUUACGCUGGACGCACCGAUGAUACAGCGUACCAGACCACCGCGCACCGAACAGGUUCCGCCCGCACCCGCACCGCACGAGCUGGACGAUGAGGAGGAGAACGAGGGCGAUCCACGUGACGCGCAGGGCGAUGAUUCCAAGGAACUUGGGCGGCUGCUGCUCGGUACGCCGCAACCUUCAUCGCUACCGUCCGCGACCGGUUCGGAACUGAGCGUAUCGGUGCCGCACACACGCCCGGAAACGCCACGCUCCGUGACGCACACGCACGACGAGGACUAUUCCGAUGAGGACAGCGAUGAUCAGAAGCGCACCAAGGCCGGCGAUGGCCAUCAUCCCGGUGAAGUGUCGUCCGCGCAAACAUAAUCACACCAAAAACCGUUGCGAUCCGCGCCCAUCCAUCCUGUUUGAUCCCUCUUCAUCUUCCGAACGUCCUUUCCGGUGUGUUUCAGCUGCAGCAUUAUUUUUGUGCACUUUUUUCCUAAUUAGUUUAACAAUUUCCUAAAGUCAAAGCAAACGGUCCUUAAGCACAAAUCGGAUUUAUCCGAAUUUCUUUUUUUUUCUUUUUUCCUCUAUCCAAUCGUCCCACUACUAAAAUUUUCCAAUAUCCUUACCUUGCUCAUUACAAGGUUCUAGAACAAAUAGCGCCAGCUUAAUUUAUUCGAACAAGAUUGUUUUACAUUGUCGAUCGGACUACACAAUGGGCAUGUGCGUUACGAGCAAUUCCUAAAAAGAGCAGAGAAUAUUACAUCAAAACUUCUCCAUUGAUAUAAUACGAUGAGGUUGCGCUUAGAAGUUUAGAAGUCAUUAGAGCGCUACAACUUCCGGACUAAUGGACAUAUUAAUUCUUAGAGUCGAGACAAAAGCGUUUUUAUAUAUAUAUUUAGCUUCGUUAAACCAACCACAUCCCUAGAGAGAUGUUGGGCUUGUUGCGAUGUUAUUAAGAUGUAGGGAGCUGUUAAAUUCACGUACGUUACAGGGAGCUUAAGGUAAUACAUUUACCACUAGCAGAGAACGAAAAUGUUCCAGCAAGAACGGGAUGAAGAGAUAAAAGUGGUUCGUACAAAAAAAAAGGAAAACGUUAUUCACCACUAGGGUAUUAGUUAUAGGGCAACCCAAAGCAGCACACACAUACACACCUUCAAGAUACAAACAUUACGCGCUACCCCAAAAAUGGUACUGAAAAAAAAGGCAACGAAUCUCUUAAAAAAUAAAGAAAAGAAAAAAAACACACAGAUAGCCACUACGGAUUACUCUAUCCGCCAUUGUGUUGCCCAAGGAAUUUUCAAAUACAAGAUCGCGUCCUUUAGAAGAGGUUCGUCUCUAUGUUCGUGUGUGUGCGCCUGUGUGCUUUAGAGUGAGUUUUCUUCGUUGUUGCUUUUAAAAUACUACAGCCUAACGAUCAGCUUCUUUACUAUCGCACAUAAAUAUCGAUUAGUUACUAAACAUACCAACACAAAAAAAACAAGCAAUAACAAAACCAUUAAAGGUGUUUAUGCUUAAUUUGGUUUCUUUUCCACUUUUUCUUGCGUAUUUAUACGGCAGUGUAUGGGCAUACACGUGUGUAUCUACCAGACAUCCAUCGUUUUUCCUUCUCACAGGCACAUUUGGUUAGCCUGAGCUCUAGUUUAGUUGCAUUUCCGCGUUAUCUGCUUUCCCCCCAAAAAUUGUCUGUCGAAGGGGUUGAAGGGGGGAAAGUUAAGCAAAUAAAAACGAUUAGCUACUAUAAACAACAACAAAAAGAAUGUAAUAAAAUGCGUUGAAACAUA